UUAAUUAUGCGUACAGCUCACUUGACGCACAAAGUCAAAACACCCAAUGCAUCUCCUACAUUGCUUUUCAACAAUAGAAAAAUACCUAAUAUCUACCAAAAUCUAGAGCCAAAAAAAGAAAGAAAAAAGUAUACUCUCAGAUGGGUUCUUCUACUAUGUUCUUGCUCUUUCUUCUCACAAUUGCAUUUCCUCACCAAAACCCUAAUUUUCUCGUCCAUGCUGACUCAACCCUGAUCCAGAACACAUGCAAAAACACCAAGUACUAUGGCCUCUGCGUCUCAUCCCUCAAAUCUGUUCCCACAAGCAAAAAUGCAGACACAAAGGUGUUGGCAGUUAUUAUGGUUGGGAUUGGAAUGGCAAAUGCAACCGCCACCUCAUCCUACUUGUCCUCUCAACUCGUGAGCUCAAGCAAAACCGACACAAAUUUGAAGAAGGUCCUCAAGGAGUGUGCCGUCAAGUACGGCUACGCCGGCGAUGCCCUUCAAGCUUCAGUGCAGGAUUUGGGCUCGGAGUCUUAUGACUAUGCUUACAUGCACAUCACUGCAGCCGCAGACUACCCGAAUGCCUGCCACAAUGCUUUCAAAAGGUACCCAGGUUUGGCUUAUCCUCCAGAGCUUGCAACAAGAGAGGAGGGUUUGAAGCAUAUUUGUGACGUGGCUCUGGGAAUUAUUGAUAAUUUUGGUGGGUAACUGUUUAUUUCCUACUAGGGUGCUCAAUAGUGCAAGUUUAAUAGAAAAAAAAAAAAUUCUUGA